AAUACACUCCAUCGGCUCCCUCAGUUCUCAGGCAUGUCCGGCUCAACAGCGAUCAUUGAUUCUUCGAUUGAGAAUCAUAAUCGAUAAAUUCGCUAGGGACUCGUGAGGGACACCAGUUAAACGAGAGAAAGUGAUCGAUCAUUUCCUCAGCAUUUCCCAUUGAAAAAAUAAUAAAUUGUGCACAUUGCGGAAUGGAACAACUAGUUGAGUGACAUUUGAAGUUCAGCGUAUUUUGCUAAACACUUUUGGACACUGGAACACGCAAAUUAAUCGUCAAAUGAGGAAUUGGUUUCAUUUUUCCACUUUGGAACUGAUGAAUUUUCGGUGAAUAUCUGCACAUCGAUUGCUGCGGAAAUGGGACGAUUUUCGUGAGAACCUUUGUUUGAAGAGAAACAUUUUGAUAUCUCGAUUGAUUUUCGAAUUGUAGAGUAAAUGACAUGCGGCAAUUCCCGCGAGAAUCUUUACUUGAAGAGAAGAAUUUUAAUACCUCUCUUGGUUGUCCGGGUAUUUUUCAAAAAUUCAUCAUCUUCAAAUAAAUGAAUUAAUCCCGUCGAUUCUACUUCAGAACAGCUGAGUUUUUGGUAAAUAUUUUUUCAUUCAAGGGAGAUACUAAAAUUUUCGUGAGGAAUUAUUUUGUCAAGUGGAUGAGCCUCCACAGACGUUUCCGGAAAUUUAGAUAUCUCCGUGAGUUUUCAAUAUAUUUUGCAAAAACUUAUUUUGAAUUGAAAAAAAUUAAUUCGUCAAUUAACUUUACCGAAUUGAAAGGAAACAGUGGAUUUUUAGAAGAGAUAUUUUUAAAAAAACUGAUCAUGAAAGUGAUUUCCUCAUUUUUCUCGUCAAGAAAAAUUUGAUAUCUCUUUAAUCCCAAGUUUUUAAUUGAUUAAAAACUAAUUACCCUCGGGAGACCCCUGUUAAACGAGAGAAAGUGAACGAUCAUUUCCUCUUUCUCAAUUCAAAAAAUCCCGCAAAUAGCGGAGUGCAAGAAGUUGAGUGACAUUUGAAGUUCAGCGUGGUCUCCUAAUCACUUUCUGAGCACUCUGGAGCACAUAUGUGGGUAAUGAGGACGGCUCUGUGCGUCACAGGCGCCGCGAGUCCCUGAAGCCCAGGGUCAAACACGUUGACUCUCAGGUGCUCCAACGACUCAUAAUUUUUUUUUAAAUACAAAAGAUGUUGAGAAAUCCGGGGAAGUUGACGAUUGCCUCGGAAGUGCCGGCUAGUGCGGGUGGUCAGAGCCCUGGUACGCCUGAGCCAGGCACACCAGGAGGCACCAGACCUCGAAAGAAAUUGUCCUUCAAGGAGCCGGAAUUUUUUGGCUACUUGAGGAUGAAAAAACCGUCGUUUAGAGCGAAGCCACCGGUUCCUAAUCCUCCUCCGGCCUCUCAUCAACCGACUCGUGUUCCGUUGGAUGAGCAGCCUUUUGAGGAGGAGGAUGAGGAUUUCGAGGAACUGCAGAGUCAAGCCAUGAGGGUAGUUAGAACGGUCGGACAGGCCUUUGAGGUGUGCCAUAAAUUGAGUAUCAAUGCGGCGUCUGAGGAGCGCGAUCAGGAAAUUGAUAAGGAGAGGGAGCGGAGCGACGAUCAUCUGUCUCGUAGUGAGGAUUACGAGGACGAGAUGACGAAUGAUCGACAGCCGAUCAUACAGCCACGCUCACCAUCGCCGAAUGUUCACAAAGACAUAUCACUUAUGGGGGAUGGGGAGGACACGGGAGUGGAUCAACCACCUGCUGUUGCACCUUGUAUUAUUAGGACGCAUUCCUCGGCAUCGCCCAUCAGGCAAUCGCCAUCGGGAACAGUUCCGUCCGAAUGCGGCGACAUGCUCCUACUCGGCGGAAAUGAGUUGACUUCUCUAAAACAUGAGAUACAAUUACUCAGGGAGCGUUUGGACCAGCAGGGCCAGCAGACCCGUGCAGCUGUGGCGCAUGCCAGGCUACUCCAGGAUCAACUCGCAGCGGAAACCGCAGCGAGAGUCGAAGCUCAAACGAGGACUCAUCAAUUACUGGUCCAGAAUAAGGAGCUCUUAGAACACAUUGGUGCCCUAGUGAGUCAUUUGCGUGAGCAAGAGCGCGCAUCUGGCAUACACGGUGCUGUACAGUCACAAGGUGCUCAAGGAACAAAUAAUCCCAUGAAUCAACAAUCACCAAAUGUUCCCGACCUGUCCACUCUCGGUCAGUCUCACUCGAGAACACCUGGCCAGGGCUCACCCUGGGAGCUGGAGCCACCGUCUUUCACCUACUCUUACACACCAGAUCCCCUCUACGGUACUGGGGGGCUAGAUCUAGGGGGAUACGGUGCGUCGAACGAUCAAUUGCACUUUCAGACGCAGUUGCUCGAGAGAUUGCACAAUAUUAGUCCCUAUCAGACGCAACGCUCGCCAUACGCUACACCCUCACCCUAUCCCAUGCCAGCACCGAGUUUUCUACUGUCCCCUACUAGUAAACCAUCGAAUUCCCAGGCAUCCAUGAGGCUCUCCCAAGCGAACAGUUUCGCCUCGUCUCCAGUGCUGCCGAACAAAAUGCCGGGCUACACUUCCCAAUCGGAGGACGCAUUAUCAGACCUUCAAGCCCUCAUAAAACCCCUCCCCUGCACGCUCCCCCGUCAGAGAAAUUCCCUGCACUUUGCCAGAGACACUCAGGACUCGAGGCAGCAGCAGAGGGCGAGUUGCCCUCCCCAGACGACGGUCACCCUGGACCCACCCCCCAAGGGAAGAAAGACCGAGCAACCGAAGCAGGACAGCCCUAGACCCCAAGGGAGUCCUGCCAGGGAGACCCCCAGCAGGGAAUCCCAGUCGAUUGAUAAAAACAUCCCUAAAAGCAGUCUCGCGACCAUCCUGAGAUCACCGGGACCUCCGCCCUCGAGGACAACCAGCGCUCGUCUCCCAGCGCGAAAUGACCUCAUGAGCCAAGUACAACGAAAAACCUGGGCACGGCACACGACCAAAUAGAGUGGAGAAUAUUUUAUUUAUACACUGAGAAAACAAGAGUUUAUUGAGAAGUUCUUCUUUACUUGUACAGUGGUUACUCCCUAACAUUUCAGCCUCUGGCGCCAGACUUCAAGGAAUUAAAGUAGCUCUACCCUUACGGUAAAUUCAAAGAUUAUUGAAAACUGCAAAAAAAUCGCAGAAAACUUAG